CAUGCUAUUAUAAAUAAGGCUAUCAUGUAUUCCAAGUAUUACCACUCAAAACAAAAACACUCAAAAGUUCAUAACUGUUUAUAAGUAAUUAAAAUGAAGUCGACCGUCGUGAUUUUUCUCAUGUACCUUCUCCUUGUUGUGCCUUGCUUGGUCGCUAUAGGAUCGGAAAAUACGGAUUCGGAGGUGUACGAGAUCGAUUACAGGGGGCCAGAGACACAUAACUCUAGACCUUCGCCGGAAACCUCGCACCGCAAGCCACCUUUCAUCCACCAUAAAACCUCCACCGCUGGAUCCGCCAGUGCUCAUGUUGGAGGGCAGAACUAGAGAGUGACUUUUUCUUAAGGAGAAAGGAGGGUCUCAGAAGCUUCAGUUUCAAGAGGAAGUAUAUGAUGAGUAUGUGAUAAGAUUAAUGAUGCGGUACACCAUUAUUUAUAUAUUAAUACAUAUUUUAUCAUAUGAUCAACGAGACAUAUAAUGUCCAGUAUUUUCUUUCCUUUUUUCCAUGUACCGACGUAGCGUUACGUUUUUAUAUUUUUCGGUCUGAAUCUCUUGGAAGAAGAUUCAAAUUAAAUCUUGUUAAUGCGUCAGUGUCGCCAUGCAUAUGAAUAUCACUGUCAUUCUCAUA